AUGUUCUCUGCACCUCUAUUCGUGCUUUACAGCCCCGCGACAACUUCUGCGACAGUCAUACUCACUUGCGCGGGAAUCGAAUAUCAUAAUGGAGAAAAAAGCCGGUCCCUAGUGGACCGCCCUCGUGCGGUUCCAGCAGGAGAGAUCUUGUCUCGCGGGCUACGUAUGAUCCUUGCACCCGCGGGAGAACAAUUUCGGAGUCUUCGCAAGUUGCAGCAGCACACUCGUCUUCAAGUGAAGGCUGCAGAAUCCUAUGUGCUUAUCCAGAUUGGCGCCACCCGUGAUGGUAUCCUUGACAUCCUUGAUAACCCUCAAGGACACCAGGCACCUGCGAACUCCUACGCUGCCUCUGCCAUCUUGCGUGUCACAUAUGGGAAGUUCAUGCCUACCGCCACGAAUGAAAUCAUCAUCAUUCACAAAAUGCUCAUGCGACCUGGGGCGCCCCUGAUAGAACGCUACCCAAUCCUAAAAUACGUCCCAGGAUACACAACCGAGUUAGAAUUGGCGACUGGCAGAGUGCAGUACAUGCUUGAGAACCAGUCCUUACACGAGCUCGCACGAAAAAUGGCUCAUCUCUCUGGAUCACUCUAUGACGCCGGUUCAGACACGACCACUGUGGCGAUCAUGUAUGUCGUUAUGGCUUCCGCAUAUUAUCCCAAUGCGCAGGAGAGAACGUGCAAGAGCACCUGGAUAUCGUCGUUGGUCGCGACAGAGCUUCCACGCUCGCCCACGACAACUCACUCCAGCAGAUAG